GUACUCGCCUUCAAUUUAUUUGUCGUUGCUAAAGAAUUACUUUUCAACUCGAUGCACAUUUUACCCUAAUUUAAAUGGUCUUAAAUCACACCGUACCCUCUUGUUAUGUAAUAAAACAUCUAAUUUAUAAUCUAGUAUAAUUAAUAAAAGCUUCUCUUGCUGAGAAAUAUUUUUUACAUAUAAGUGAUAAAAGCUUUUGAAGAUGUCGGAUAAACAUUUAACGCUGGGCCAGCGUGUUAUGGUGAUUGGCAAAGAAGUUAAGGGGUCUAUUGCUUACGUUGGGUACCCUACCUUCGCUACUGGAAAAUGGAUCGGUAUUAUAUUAGACGAAGCAAAAGGGAAGAAUAAUGGAACAGUUCGGGGACACUCUUAUUUUCGUUGCGAGGAAAAUUAUGGAGUAUUCGUACGACAGACACAAAUACAGCUCCUCGAUGCUGAAGACAACCCCAUGGAGACCUCGAUGACAACAUCUACCGAGGAGAAGCCUGUCUCUAACAGGCGAUUGAGCAGUAUAACAGUGGCCCAGAGGUCUAGACCGACUACGGUUCGGAGGAAGGCGUCGCCUGCGCAGACCAAAACCGGAAGUCUGUCCAUGUCGAGCAAAUAUCGGGGCAGUUCCAGGACUUCUCUGGCCAGCAGUCGCCAGUCGCUUACGUCGUAUGUGUCCCCAACCACAGAGAGGGCAGGGUCGCCGGACCUCACGGGCAAGAGGGCAUCGUUUGUUGAGACUGGCUUCGUCGAGACUCUCACUCCUCAGUUUACUCCCGGUCAGAGUUUAACAUCUCCGCAGCCCGUGUCCACGGCGAUGGAGGACAAGCUUGCCAACAUACAGGCACAACAAGAGAUUGUCACACUAAAAACUGAAGUCGAGGAUCUCAAGGAAAAACUGGAAACGCUGAAGGUUCGUCGUGCUGAAGACCGGGAGAAGAUUCGGGAGCUGGAGCGAGUCCGUCUCCAAUUGGAUCAGGCGAAUGAGUUCAAGGCGAAGAUCAUGGAGUCGCAGGCGCAGCUGCAGAGAGAUUUGCAGCGGGCGAAACAAGAGGUUCGCGAGGCGCAGGAGGCUCUGGACGUGCACAACGACGAGACGGCGGAGCUGCAGGAGGCGGCGGAGAUGGCGGCGCUGGACAAGGAGAUGGCGGAGGAGCGCGCCGAGGCGCUGCAGCUGGAGCUGGAGCAGUGCCGCGACAAGCUGGAGGAGGCCACGCUCGACCUGCAGCUCAUGCGCGCCGAGAUGGAGGCCGGCGGGAACAUACAGCACCCGUACGCAGUGGGCGAGGGCGCCACAGGCUACGAGGUGCGCCAGCUGCAGCAGCAGAACGUGCGUCUGCGGGACACGCUCGUGCGUCUGCGCGACCUGUCCGCGCAUGACAAGCACACCAUGCAGAAGAUGCAGAAGGAUUUGGAACAGUAUAGAUCUGAAAUAGCCGAGCUGAGCCGAACCAAAGAGAAGUUAUCUGCCCGAGUUGAAGAACUGGAAGCCCAGGUUGCUGAUCUUCGGGAACAGGUUGACGCCGCCCUAGGUGCCGAAGAGAUGGUCGAACAACUCGCUGAGAAGAAAAUGGCUCUAGAAGAUCAGGUAGAUCAGUUGAAACAAGAUGUCCAAGAGCUGGAAGCGCUGCAGGAAGUUCACGAACAGCUCGUGGAAUCAAACAGGGAGCUGGAGAUGGACCUCCGCGAGGAGCUGGAGAUGGCUCAUGCAGCGACCAGGGAGGCCGCGAGAGAACGUGAAGCGGCUCUAGAGACCAUAACGGACCGGGAUCUGACGAUUGUCAAGUUUAGAGAGCUGGUGCAGCGGAUGACGGAGCAGCAUAACGAGCUCAGGGCUCAGUUGGAGUCGAAGCAAGCGGGCUCACCGGCGCCAAGCGCGGAGCAGGAGGCGAGUCCGGAGGGCGGGGCGCGGGCCUCCCCCCCGGCGGAGCUGGGCUCGCUGGUGCAGCAGUCCAGGGCAUCCACGCGCUCCAUCGACCUGCAGCUGCGGGCGCUCGAGCUGGCGCAGGCGCGGGCCCGGGCCGACAUGCUGGCAGCCUGUCUGCCUGACCACUUCAUGGCCUCUAACGGUGACCACGACGCCAUAAUGUUCAUUCUGCUCUUGCAACGUUUGAACACUAAAGCGGAAAUCAUACUGGGCCAAAUAAGGGAGAAGUUCCCAGAAGUGAACGUUUGGGAUAAGGAGUCGGUCAUGAAGACCCACACCGCCGUCCAGUACAGCUUCAGGUGUCAGCUGGAGUACCAGCUGCAAAUGAUACAGUGCAUGGUGUGCAUGUGGAGCGGCGCGCUGGAGACCUGCUCGCCCGAGCUGCUGCUGCGAGCCGCCUCCGCGCUGCCCGACGCCGUCACCCAGGAGCGGGCGCUGGACGCCGCCGCUCACCUGCUCAAGACCAACGAGCUCGACGAGAACUGCUCGCUCGACGGCAUGGAGCGCUGCUGGUCGUACCUGUCGGCCAUGUGGGCGGCGCUGAACAUGUCGUCGGUGGAGGGCGCGGCCUGCUCGCGCGCCGUGCUGCUGCACGCGUGCGCCGCCAUCGACGCGCUGGCGCGUGCGCUGGCCGCCGACGCCGCCGCGCUGGCGCACGUGCUGCAGCCCUCGGACCACCAGCAGGAGCUGGGCCUCCUGAACGAGGCGAUCCAGACGAGCUGCGCCACGCUCCAGCAGCAGUUGAAGAGUGUGCGUCGACGCCUCCCCCCCGGCGUCCAGCUCCACGCCCUGCCCAUCGAUUUACAGCUGGUGGAGCGGCUGCGAGGCGCGGGCGCGGCGGCGCUGGGCCGGGCGGCGCGCGCGGCCGGGCUGUGCGCGCGCGCGGCGCUGGCGUGCGCGGCCACGGCGGGCGAGCGCGGGGACGGCGCGCCGCUGCCGCACGCCGCGCUGCAGCACGUGUGGGCCGCCGCCGUGGACAAGGUGUACCAGCAGGACGACGUGGGCGCCGUGCACGCCGUCAAGCACGCGCUGGCCGCCGUCGCCGCCGACGUGGCGCAGCUGGCCGCCUUCACCAAGGACAAGGAGUACGACGUCAUGUCGCUCACCAACGUCGCCUCGGAGAAGCCGACGCCGCCGAUAGUGCUGCGCGCUCAGCUCGUCAAGAAGCAGCUGGAGGAGACGAAGACCUUGACGAUCCGGCUCGAGAACAAGGAGGCGGACAUCAAGGAGAUGAGGAAGGCCUUGAAGGCGAAGCAGGAGGAACUCUCGGAGAUGCAGAUCCGUCGCGAGCUCGGGGAGCGUAAGCUCGUCGCGGCGGCCAAGGACGCGGAGGUGCGCGCGCAGCAGCUGCAGCGCCGCCUGGACGACGCGCACAACCAGCUCAAGAGGAAGGAGAAGGAGUUCGAGGAGACCAUGGACCACCUGCAGCAAGACAUCGAGUCGCUGGAGACCGAGCGCGGCGCGCUGCGCGACAAGCUGAAGCUGUACGCCAAGCGCGGGACGCACCACGCGGUGGCGUCGCCCGUCGCGGUUCGAGACUACACACCGGUGGUGACAACGCCCACGCCAAAAGAUGCGCCCCAAGAGACGCCGGUGAAGGUGACGACGGGCAUCGCCGCCGGAGAGGUUAAUGAAGCUCUUCAGCAUCAGCUCAAAGUGCUCAGCUGGACGGUGGACCGCGAGCGCGCGGCCCGCGCGGCGGCCGUGUCGCGCGCCGAGCGCGCCGCGCUGCGCUCGCUGCGGCCGCUGCACCACCCCGCCGCGCCCGCCGCCGCGCUGCGCCGCCGCGCCGCCGCCGACCUCGAGCUGCGCCUCGCGCGCCUGCACGCCGAAUGGACUCUGUUCGUCGCGAAGUCCGGGCUGGUCAAGUUCCCCGAAGACCCGAGCAAGUACGCUCGAGUCCUGGAGCAGCAUAAGGAGAAGCAGAAGGAGAUCAGACGGAAACUGGAGGAGAAGUUGGUCUCGCUCCAAGUGGAAGUUCGCAGCCUCGUGUCGCUGCACCGGCCGUGGCGCUGUGUGGAGGCGGACUUCACGGAGUUCCCGGCGCCGGAGCUCACGGCAGCUAUCAACGCGAAGGCGAUCGACAUCGGCACCAUCAAGUAUCCGGCCUCCGAGUCGGUGCAGGACGAUACUAUUUACGUGACCCCCACGCAGCUCGCCAAAUUACGCGAAAUAGUGUCGGAGCUGCAGUCGGACGACGUUCAGCUCGAUUUGAAACCGCUGGAUCAGACGGUCUGUGCGGCUUGAGUUGGAACGAGACAGAGAACAGGACAU